GGGAGGUGCGUCUGAGCCAUGGCUGCCGCCAGCCCCAGGGACCCGGAGUCCGAGCCAAACGCCGCUGGGCUACUGCUGGGUCACUUCGUAGCUUCGGGGGUGGUCAGUCAGGAGAUGUUAAACAUAUCUAAGAAAACAGCUUCUUGUUUUGUAAACUUCUCCAGGCUACAGCAGAUCACAAAUACUCAAGCUGAAAUCUACCAGAAAAACCUGGAAAUUGAACUGCUGAAACUAGAAAAGGAUACAGCAGAUGUCGUUCGUCCUUUCUUUUUGGCUCAGAAGUGUCAUUCUCUGCAAAGCAUGAAUAAUCAUUUGGAAACGGUGCUAAAAGAGAAGCGGUCCCUCAGGCAAAGACUGUUGAAACCCAUGUGCCAGGAAAACUUACCUAUUGAAGCUGUAUAUCACAGAUAUAUAGUACAUUUGCUGGAGAUGGCUGUGACUUUCAUUGAAAGAUUAGAAACUCAUCUUGAAACAAUUAGAAAUAUCCCUCAUUUAGAUACUAAUCUAAAGAAAAUGAGCAAAGCUUUAGCAGAGAUGGAUAUUUUGGUGACUGAGACAGAAGAAUUGGCAGAGAAUAUACUUAAGUGGCGAGAACAACAAAAGGAAGUUUCCUCUUCUAUCCCCAAAAUAUUAGCUGAAGAAAAUUCUCUUAAAAAACAUGACAUAAUAAUGCCUCCUUUACCUUUUGCUUCUAAAGUUCAUGUCCAAACUGUUAAUGCUAAGUGAUCAUCAGCUUUAUUUCUGUUUAAUUAUAUGUAGUCAAGUGAAGUUCAUUUCUAGUCAAUUAUUAUGGGUAUUUAUAGGCUUUUGUUUUUCAUAUAUUUUCAUUCCACUUUUCAGUAAAACUAGUGAAGAUCAAAUACAGCUAUGACAAUUUAUUAAAACAUAAGUGAAUUAACCAUUUCUCAGGCAACAAAUUCUCUAAUAUAUCUUUUUUUAAAAUGCA